GAUCAUAGGACCCGAUGGCUUCUGCAGACCUGCGUGACGUUACUGUGUCCUCAUGAAUCAAAGCAUUGUACCCGUAUGAGGAACAACAAAAGUGGUGUAGUUGUGUGCACAGCUCAAAGACACCUGUUUGGAACGUUCCACAGGUCCUCACUGAUGGCACAUCUCCUUCUCUCCCUGCUCCUGGUAGCAGGGAGAGAAGUCGCAGGGGAGGAGGUGGACAGGAAGCCUAAUUUUGUCCUGAUGAUGGUGGACGACCUGGGCAUCGGUGAUGUGGGAUGUUACGGUAACGAUACCAUCAGGACUCCUAACAUAGACAGACUUGCUUCUGAAGGUGUGAAGUUGACUCAGCACAUUGCAGCUGCUCCUCUCUGCACUCCAAGCCGAGCCGCUUUCAUGACCGGCCGCUAUGCCAUCCGCUCGGGAAUGGGCAGCACAGGCCGUGUGCAGGUGCUGCUUUUCCUUGGAGGUUCAGGGGGGCUGCCGCCUACUGAGACCACCUUCGCCAAGAGGCUGCAGAAGCAAGGCUACACCACUGGACUAGUUGGUAAGUGGCAUUUGGGGGUAAACUGUGAACACAGAGGGGACCACUGUCACCAUCCAAACCAGCAUGGCUUCAGCUAUUUCUACGGCCUGCCAUUCACCCUUUUCAAUGACUGUGUGCCUGGAGAGGAGACUGACGUCCUGGCAGACCUCCAGUACGCACUCCAAAAUCUCAGCAUGUUGCUCGGAGUUGGUCUUUUCACACUGGUGCUUGUCCGUAUGUGUGGCCUGUUUGAAAUCAGCCAGUGGUUCCUUUUAGUGCUUUCCUUCCUCUCUGUCCUCGCAAUUGCCGUGUGGUAUGUGCCCUUUAAACUCCUGCCGACUUGGAACUGCAUCAUCAUGAGAAACCAGGACGUGAUCGAACAGCCAAUGACAGUGGAGACGAUGCCGCAGAGGUUGCUGGAAGAAGCGCAAAAUUUUGUGAAGAGAAAUGUUGAUCGCCCAUUUCUCCUCUUCUUCUCAUUGGCCCAUGUCCACACACCGCUCCACAAAAACCCUGUCUUCGCUGGCAAAAGUCGUCACGGUCGCUAUGGUGACAACCUAGAAGAAGUGGACUGGAUGAUUGGUAAAAUGACAGAGACUGUGGACUCCCUCGGCCUCGCCAGCAACACUCUGAUGUACUUUACCUCUGACCACGGUGGACAUCUGGAGGACGCUGAUUCACAAGUUGGCCAGAAGGGAGGCUGGAACAGCAUCUAUAAAGGUGGGAAAGCAAUGGGGGGCUGGGAGGGGGGGAUCAGGGUGCCUGGUAUUUUCCGUUGGCCUGGCAAAUUGGCAGCGGGAAGAGUAGUGGACGAACCCACCAGCCUUAUGGACCUGUAUCCAACACUGAAGUAUUUGGCCAAAGACACACAACCAGACAGACAAUUAGAUGGCCAUAAUCUCAUGCCCCUGUUGGAGGGCAGGGUGGAGCGAUCAGAGCAUGAAUUCAUGUUCCACUACUGUGGAAUCUACCUGAAUGCAGUACGCUGGCACCCACCUGGAAGUGACUCCAUCUUCAAGGUGCACUUUUUCACUCCCAACUUUUAUCCCCCGGGAGCUGGUGGAUGUUAUGACACUAAGGUCUGUCUGUGUGAUGGAGAACAUGUGACGCACCACAACCCACCGCUGGUGUAUGACCUUGACCACGAUCCGUCAGAGUCGCGGCCCCUGACCCGCAAUACUGAGCCACGAUACACUGAAAUCCUUGAGCAGACUGCCAGAGCUGUGGAGAGACAUCGAAACACCCUCGCAAACAAGCAGACGACUGAUGAUGCUCGCCCAAACUCCAACACAGAUGCACAUGGUGUUCAGAGCCAGAUGACGUGGGACAAGAUUCUGUGGAGACCCUGGCUUCAGCCCUGCUGCGGGACCUUUCCAUUCUGUGGCUGCAAAGAGAACACAACACGUAUUUAAGAGAGAAAUCCACACGAUAGUCUUAAAAAGUGGGGAAUCUGCUGCGUGGUUUUCGCAUUUCAAAAUGAGCUUUCAAAAGUGUGACCUGAAAAGGUUUAAACUAAACUCAAAAUGACGUGACUCAAAAUUAGUUGAAGUACUAUUGAGAUUGAUGACAGGUAAAAGUAGCUAAACACUGCAUUGGCUGUGCUUAGUGCCUUGUUACGCAGUACAUACUUGACAAUAGGACCAAAAAGGACUUGUCUUUAUAUAAAGGGAAAAUCUGCUGUUUAUAAUUUUAUCAUUCAUUCAGGAAGGACCUGUUUACUUGGUGCCAUUUUUUUCUUACAAUAAGUAAGCAAUUGAAAAUGUAAUUCCAAAAUAAAUCCUGAACUGCA